AUGUCGAUUUUUUCGCGAAGAAUAUUUUCUAAUCUGUGUAAAUUACCAAUAUUGCAAGUUGCAAACAGAAGUUUAAUAAAAGAAACAAACUUCAGAUAUUUCUCUGAAGAUAUCCCAAAUGAGAAGUUUGAACUAGCAGAUAAAGUAGCUGUCAUUGUUGGUGGGGCAGGAGAAAUCGGCUACUCAAUAGCCCACACGUUUUUGAGGAAUGGGGUUAACAACGUAUCAAUUCUAGACAAGGACGUAACAAAAGGAGAAGAAGCUGUUGAUAAAUUAGUCCAAAAGUUUGGAAACAGCAAAGCAAUAUUCUAUGAAACUGAAAUUACUGAUUCAAAAAAUGUCGAUGCUGCUUUAAGAAAUACUAUACUCCAUCUAAACGGCAUUGAUAUCGUAGUGAAUUGUGCUGGGAUAUUUAACGACUCUAAAUGGGAGGAGCAAAUUCAAACCAACAUGAUAGGAACAGUUGUCACCACCCUACUGGGCCUUCAGCAUAUGUCUUCUUCUGGACCUGGCCAUGGCGGUAUAGUGGUAAACGUAGCCUCUAUAAUGGGCGUUAUUCCGUCCUUGGGCUACCCUCUGCACACCAUGACGCAGUAUGGAAUAGUGGGAUUUAGCAGGGCUCUUGGAUGUAGCGACCAAUAUAAUCGAACCAAAGUAAAAAUCGUUGGAUACUGUCCAGGGCCAACCGAUACGAAACUGUUCAGAGACGCUGCAAAUAACUCAAUAAACCCAAAUUUUUCGACUGAAUUUUUGCAGGAGAUCGACGGAUGCGUCGUUCAGAAGCCUGAAAAAGUUGCUGAAGGCCUUUGUUUGGUUAUGGAGACUGCUAAAUCGGGAUCAAUUUGGGUAGCGGAAAAUAAUGAUACCCCGUAUGAAGUGCGUUUUCCUGAAGUUACGGCUGUUAAUGCAAAGACAAGUCAAGCAGCAAUAAAUUAA